GAGAGAGGCGGGAUGCGAAGAGGGGAGGUGGAGGGGGGGGCCACGGCGGUGCAGCAGUGCGCGUGUGCAGGAGCCCGAGCCCAUCACCACCAUCACCACCUCCGCCGCAGCAGUGCGCAUUGUCGGCACCAUCAUCACCAUCGUCACCAUCAUCGUCACCAUCACCACCGUCGUCAUCGCAUCGGCACCACCAUCAUCCCCACCAUCAUCGCCACCGUCGAUUCAACAGGAGCAUUGCACCACCAGCUUCGUCGCCACCAUCUAAUUCCACACCGUCAUCACCUCUUUGAACGUCGCCGUCUCGUCAGUCGGCAUCGGCACAGACGGUGGAUCUCGCCCCUGUCGUUGUCAGAGCGGAGUUGGGCUCACGCAAGGGCUGCGAGGCCCCGCGAGAGCAGCUCGGAGUGCGACCCCGGACCAUGACGCGCUCCGACACGCCCGACCUCAUCGCCUCCGCCCUGCGUCGCCCCCGCGGGUCCCCGGGCGGCGCUCGCUCCGGCGCCUGGUCCGGCACCCUCGCCCCCUGGGCCUCCGAGCCGCCAACACCCUCGCGCCGCAAGCGAUGCCCCGGCUCCGCAGCGGCCGCUAUGUCUGAGAGCGCCGCCGCUCGGCAGCUGGCGCCAGCACCGGCGCGCCCCCAACCCAAGCCGCCGUUACCACGCCGGCCGCCCUGGAUCACGCCGGGCCCGCUGUGCGCGUCCAGCCCCGAGCUGCCGACGCCGAGGUUUGCGUCGCGCCAGCCCGGACCGCCGGCGCCGUGGCCACCGCCGCCGAUGGCGCCGGGGCCGCUCGCCGAGUGGCGCCGCUCACGGGCGCCGGCGCAGUAUCUGACGCCGCUGCGCCGGGCGGCGGAGGAACGGGCGCGCGGGGCGGUGAGUCGCAGCACCGGCUCGCUGGCCACCAAGAGCCAGCUGUACGACAUCCACCCCAGCAAGUACCAGACGCGGCAUGAGCGGCCCUACCACCAUGUGCCCAUCCCGCUCAUCCCUCGGGAAGUGGGCUCCGACCGCCGGCGUGGUGACUGGCGCCGGGAGCCGCCGACUGCCACGACACCAUCACCAACAUGGACGCCUCGGCGCGGCGUGCCGGACGCGACGCUCUCGGUGCACGAGCCCGGCCGGAGGGCACAAGCGGCGACGUUCACGUUCCGGUCGACGGGGACGCCGCUCCCCCCGUCCGAUCGCCGGCUCGCCACGUCGGCCUCCAGCCUGACCGGGGCACCAUCGCACGUGCGGCAGAGGAUCGACCUCCACCCGCUGGACUCCACGCGCUACCGGUCGUCGCCGGCGCGCCGGGAGCAGCUGGUGCACUGGGCGCACAGCCACUCCGAGCCGCACAUCCCAGCGAGCGCUAGCUACGUGCCGUCGCGCCACCUCUUGCCGACGCCGGCAUACCUGGAGGGCCGACGCACGUCUGACACGGCGCUAGUGCCGACGCCGACUCCUCCAGCGCCCCCCACUCGAGGCUCGUCAUUCUGGACAUUCUCCCGAUCGCUGGACAACCUCUACGCGUGCUUGGCGGAGCGCCGGCGUGGUGACGGCGCUCGCAGCCGUGAGGGUCGGUCGACUCCGACUCCGACUCCGCCACCACGCUCCGCACCGCCGCGCUCUGACCGCAUCCCCGUGGUGCAACUGUCACGAUCGCCGCGCCGCUACGCUGCCCUCUCGCUCUCCGAGAGCGCCAUCUUCAGCAAGGCGAGCGGGCCCGGCUGGCGCCUUGCACCAUCCAUUACUAUCACCGACAACGAGCUCUCGCCAGUGGGUGGUGGUGGCGGCAGCCGGUCAAUGGAGGAGCUGCGCGGAGGUGACGGCGGCGCCAGCGUCGGCGGUGGUGCCACAGAUUACUUGGGCUUCGGCAGCCUGGCGCUGCACAAGACGGUGUCACCGGCGUCGCCUGUUGCCAGCCAGGAGCUCGACGAGAUCCUCACUGACAUUGCGGUGCACUCCUCGCCGCGACUCUCCGACGAGUCAAGCGCGCAGUCCGACCGCUUCGCCCAGCAGCUCCACAGCCUCAUUGACAGCGAUGAUGGCGGCGGUGCCAGCGGCCGGGAGAAUGAGGCCGGGGAAGAGGAGGAUGCGGAGGAGUACAGAGAGGAGAGAACAGCGGACGGAACUGGCCUAGCAUGCCCGGCGUCCCCCACCAGCCGAUUGCGGCACCAGCGCCUCUCCGAGGCAGCUGCACCGGCGCCGGCACCCACCUCGCUCUGCCGUCGCGUGCUGCGGCUGUGCCGUACCGACGCCGAGUCGCGCCGCGUGCUGUCGAGGGCGGCGCGGGUUGGGUAUCUGUCCCGGGGGCGUGGCUGCCUCUUUCUGGGCUUCCCGGGUCCGGCGUCGGCGUCAGCGUUCCUGCGGCAUGGCCUGGAUGGCCUCCUGGUGUCGCCCGCCUACCUCUCUCUGCGCGAGAUCCAGGCCCAUGCACGGCGGCUUGGCGACUACGUGCACGAGCUGCAGACUGCUGGCUCCGAAUAUGACCCGGACUCGCGCUUCGUGCUCAGCGUGAGCGUCUCGGCGCCCGCUGGGCCGCUCACCGCCCGCCGCCUCGCCAAGAUCCGGCUGGCUCCGGCUACGACGCCACCGGCGCUGCCUCCUCCGUCGUCGUCCCCCUCCUCCGCCGCAGCUGCCUCGGCGUCCGACACGCUCAUCCUGACGCCGCCGGCCGGUGCUGGCGACGGGGAGCGCCCCGGCGCUGAGGGCCGUCGCUCCCGGGAGUUGGCGCUCACAUCCAUUCAGCGGGAGCUGCGGGAGCGAGGGGUGUGCUUGCGCCGGGACCACCCGCGGCACUACGCGGCGCUGUGCCGCUACGUCGAGACGGGUAGUCGCCCGCCGCCCGCCGCCAUUUACCCGCUGGACCGGCGAACCGGGCGCCGCUUCCUGUGCCUCCUGCUGCCGGCGUCCGAGCCGCUGGCGCUGGGCUGGGUGGACAGCCCCAGACUGCUGCGGGAUCUGCUGUGACGGCGCUGACCCACGUGAGGGGAAAGGAAAAACCGGGCGGCGAUUGGCGUGGAGACCGCGGCCCCCGUUCACAACUCUGGCGGUUCCAAAUAGCCUGGGAUGCAUCACAGAAGAUGUCACGAUACUAAAGGCAAAGAUCCCCCCCACCCGUAUAUGAUGAAAACAUUUUUACUUGCGAUUUUACCCUUCCUGCAAAUAAAACAUGAGUUGUGUUAAGAUGUUCAAACACCAAAUAGAUACACCUAUUGCAAGGCGUCAAGUCUGCAUUAGCGACAUGCACUUGUGGCAAAAACAUGCAAACAAACAUGCUCUUCUUAUUUUUCAUAAUUUUUAAUAAUGGCAAAAAGGUCCCAUAGAUAUGAAUGCUCGACCAAGCCAUACGUGCUCUGAUACGUGCAUUGUCUUUGUACUGUUCGUCUUUUGGCAUUCUCUGGAAUUACAUUAGUGUAGGAACUAGGCCACAAAGAAGGCUAUCUCUAGUGUAGGCCAAUUAGUUUCAAGGACAAUGUGUAUAUCAUUUGCAGAGCAUGUGUGUUUGCGUGUUUUGCCACAAGUAUGCGUGGUUAAUGCAGACUUGAUGCCUUGCAAAAAGUAUAUAUUUGGUGUUUGAACAAUA